AUGUCAGGCCAGCUCACCCUGCACACACUCUGGCGCGUCCUUCUCCCUUGGGCUUUCGCAGUCAUCCACAGAGCCCUGGGGGACCCAGCACCCCACCCGGGCCCCCACUACCUCCUGCCCCCCAUCCACGAGGUCAUUCACUCUCGUCGUGGGGCCACGGCCACGCUGCCCUGCGUCCUGGGCGCCUCGCCUCCCAGCUACAAGGUGCGCUGGAGCAAGGUGGAACCUGGAGAGCUCCGGGAGACGGUGAUCCUCAUCACCAACGGGCUGCACGCGCGGGGCUACGGGCCCCUGGGAGGCCGCGCCACCAUGCGGAGGGGGCACCGGCUGGACGCCUCCCUGGUCAUCGCGGGCGUGCGCCUCGAGGACGAGGGCCGGUACCGCUGCGAGCUCAUCACCGGCCUCGAGGACGAGAGCGUGGCGCUGACCCUGAGCUUGGAGGGUGUGGUGUUUCCCUACCAACCCAGCCGGGGCCGGUACCAGUUCAAUUACUAUGAGGCUAAGCAGGCGUGCGAGGAGCAGGACGGACGCCUGGCCACCUACGCCCAGCUGUACCAGGCGUGGACCGAGGGUCUGGACUGGUGCAACGCGGGCUGGCUGCUCGAGGGCUCGGUGCGCUACCCCGUGCUCACUGCGCGCGCCCCGUGCGGCGGCCGAGGCAGACCCGGGAUCCGCAGCUACGGACCCCGCGACCGGAAGCGCGACCGCUACGACGCCUUCUGCUUCACCUCGGCGCUGGCGGGCCAGGUGUUCUUCGUGCCCGGGCGGCUGACGCUGUCUGAAGCGCACGCGGCGUGCCGGCGGCGCGGGGCCGCGGUGGCCAAGGUCGGGCACCUCUACGCCGCCUGGAAGUUCUCGGGGCUGGACCAGUGCGACGGCGGCUGGCUGGCGGACGGCAGCGUGCGCUUCCCCAUCACCGCGCCGCGGCCCCGCUGCGGGGGCCUCCCCGACCCCGGGGUGCGCAGCUUUGGCUUCCCCAGACCGCAGCAGGCGACCUACGGGACCUACUGCUACGCCGAAAAGUAG